GACCUGGGGGUGGGGCCGGCGCUUGGCGGGAAAGCGGCGGCGGGGCGGGGCCUGCGCUGGCCCGCAUCACCAUGGCGACCGGGGGGCCCGGGCGGGCGGAGCCUGAGGAUGGGGAGGAGCAGCCUGAGGGGCGGGGCCUGCUGGGCGAGCGGCGUCGGGCGGCCGAGGUGCAGAGCGUCCGGCGGCGGCUGCGGGGCCUCCUGGGGGGCGGCUGGCCCGGACCCACCAGAGCCGCUGCCUGUGGCGACAGCGUCUGGGCUCUGCUGCGGUUCCUGCCGGAGCCCCCCUGCCCUGAGGGGGGGCUGGAGCUGCCCCCCCACCUUGCCCUCGACCUUGACCCCAACCUUGACCCUGAUCCUGACCUUGACCCCGAGCCUGACCUCGACCCCAGGGCCUGGGCUGCUCUGCGCAGGGAGCGGGCGCUCCGCAAGGGCUGCGAGCGGCAGGUCGGGGCGCUGCGGCGGCGCCUCGGGGCCCUGCAGGCCGUGGUGCGGCAGCUGGACCACACGCUGGCGGCGGUGGCGCAGGGCUGGCGGCGGCGGGAGGCGGCGGCGGCCGCGGGGCUGCGGCGGCUCCGGGGGCAGCGCGAGGCGGCCGAGGGGCGGCGGCGGCAGCUCGCCCAGGAGGCCACGUCGCUGCGGAGGCGCCUGGAGGCGGCGGAGGCCGAGCUGAGCCGGGAGCGGGCGGCCUGGGAGCAGGAGCGGGUGACGCUGCGGCAGGAGCUGGAGCAGCGGAGCCGGGAGCUGCGCGAGGCCCAGAGCCGGCACCAGGUGGCCGUGGGGCAGCUCCAGGCCGAGGUGACGUCGCUGCGACAGGAGCAGGAGCGGCUGCGGCGGGAGCUGGAGGCUGCCGCAGUCCCACGUGGAGCCGCAGGCGGGUGCCGCCCCCCAGGGCCCAGGCGUCCGGGCGCCCCCCGGCCCCGGGGGGCCCAGGCGUCCGGGCGCCCCCCCUGCAGGGGACCCAGGCGUCCGGGUGCCCCCACCCGGGCCCCAACCGCCCCCCGGUGACAACCCCGGCCCCCCCCGCACGCCUGGGCCCCUGGACACCUCCCUGGACGCCUGGGCCCGAUCCCAUCCUGGGGCGACAGUGACGAUCCUGGGGGGGUCACGGUGCCAUUUGGGGGGUCAUUGUCCCCCCUUUGGGGACGUCGAGCUGAUUUUGGGGACAUUGUCCCCAUUUUGAGGGACAUCGAGCCAAUUUCGGGGCCAUCGUGUGAUUUUUGAGGGACAUCAAGCCACUUUGGGGACCAUUGCCCACAUUUUGGGGGACAUUGAGCUGGUUUUGGGGACAUUGUCCCUGUUUUGGGGACAUCAAACUGGUUUUGGGGACACCGUGCCAUAUUGGGGGCCAUCGAGCCCGUUUUGAGGGACAUUGAGCUGGUUUGGGGGACAUCGAACCAGUUUUGGGGCCAUUGCCUCCGUUUUGGGGGCCAUUGAGUCGAUUUUAGGGGACAUUGAGCCGGUUUUGGGGACAUCGAACCAGUUUUGAGGGAUAUUGAGCCAGUUUUGGGGACAUCGAACCAGUUUUGGGGGCAUUGUCCCCAUUUUGGGGGACAUCAUGCCGGUUUUGGGGACAUUGUCCCCAUUUUGGGGGACAUCGAGCCAGUUUUGGGACCACCGUCCCUGUUUUGAGGGACAUCAAGCCGGUUUGGGGGACAUUGAGCUGGUUUCAGGGCCAUCGUCCCCAUUUUGGGAGACAUCACACUGGUUUUGGGGACAUUGUUUCCGCCUCCAAAUAAACUUUGGGGGGACUUUUG